UUCUCUCCUCCUUGUUUAAUUUUUCAUGGCUUCUUCUCUGGUUCGUUCAAAUUAGACCGAAUCAAUUAACCUAACCCUAGAAAAAUAUUUCAAUCUCAGGAAAAAGAAAUGGCAAGAAGAAGUUUACCGAUCCUAAAGCAACUCUUGCAGAGAUCAUCAUCAGAAUCUUCAUCUUUAUUGAAUCCUAGUAUUGUUGGAGGAGGAUUAUUAGGUACAAGAUAUGAACCAAAGAGAUCUGUAACGUAUAUGCCAAGACCAGGUGAUGGAACACCGAGAGCAGUAACCCUAAUACCAGGAGAUGGAAUCGGACCAUUAGUAACAGGUGCGGUUGAACAAGUAAUGGAAGCGAUGCACGCACCUAUUUACUUUGAGAAAUUUGAAGUACAUGGUGAUAUGCCGAAAGUACCUGAUGAAGUUAUGGAAUCGAUUAAGAAAAACAAAGUUUGUUUGAAAGGUGGAUUAGCAACACCAGUUGGUGGUGGUGUUAGUUCUUUGAAUGUUGAAUUGAGGAAAGAACUUGAUCUUUUUGCUUCUCUUGUUAAUUGUUUUAAUCUUCCUGGUUUGGCUACUAGACAUGAGAAUGUUGAUAUUGUUGUUAUUCGUGAGAAUACUGAAGGUGAAUAUGCUGGUCUUGAGCAUGAAGUCGUUGAUGGUGUUGUUGAAAGUCUUAAGGUAAUCACAAAGUUCUGUUCAGAACGUAUUGCAAAGUAUGCCUUCGAAUAUGCUUAUCUUAACAACAGAAAGAAGGUAACAGCUGUCCACAAAGCCAACAUUAUGAAGCUUGCCGAUGGAUUGUUCUUAGAAUCCUGCCGUGAGGUUGCCAAGAAGUAUCCUGGAAUACAAUAUAAUGAGAUUAUUGUGGACAAUUGCUGCAUGCAACUUGUCUCAAAGCCUGAGCAGUUUGAUGUCAUGGUAACACCAAAUCUAUAUGGUAAUUUAGUGGCAAAUACAGCUGCAGGUAUUGCUGGAGGCACUGGUGUCAUGCCAGGAGGAAAUGUCGGUGCUGAUCAUGCAAUUUUUGAGCAAGGUGCUUCGGCUGGAAAUGUUGGGAAAAUUGAGCUGGUGGAGCAGAAGAAAGCGAACCCUACUGCCCUGCUUCUAUCAUCUGCUAUGAUGCUGAGGCAUUUGCAGUUUCCAUCAUUCGCUGACCGGUUAGAAUGUGCCGUAAUGCGCGUAGUUUCAGAGGGAAAGUAUCGGACCAAAGAUCUUGGAGGAACAAGCACCACCCAAGAGGUAGUCGAUGCUGUUAUUGAUGUUCUGGCCUAACAACCUACACACUACCUUCUUUUCCUGUUAUGGUCUGUUUAGCUAGAGAAACUCCAACAAGCCUCCCUUUCUCUCUCUUGCAGAGUAUACUAUUUACUUGUUUUUUUUUUACAGUAUUUACUGGUUAACUCACCUCCUGGAAGAGGUCGCAAAUCAGACGCGUAUGUUGGCGAAUUUUUGUUGAAAUAAUUGAACUCGAGUCCUCAUUCAUUUAUAUGAGCCACAAUUUGGAGUGCAAAAUAAGAAGCCUUUUUCUUUCUA